CUAUUUAUACUCUUUGAUAUUAGACAUUCACUUAAUAUACGGUGUCAAUGUAAAACAGAAGGCCACGUGAUAAACACACAUUGCUUUGGUUAUCAUACCACAACACAACGUCGAAAGAUUGCGCAGGAGUGACGACACACAAUAAAGGUACCAUACCAUCAAAUACAUACCGCUUCGUUGAAAUAUUCUUUAAAAAAGGAGUGUUUAUCGUGGCGGUGGUUCAGUUAGCCGUAUUCUGCUACGAAAGCCAUCGUAUUGAGGGCGUUGUUCUGGUUCAUCGAAACCGAAACCAGGGAAAUCCAUAAAUGUAUUUCCGGAUAACGAGCUAUGUUUGCAAUAGCAUUCCUCGUUUCCAGUGAAUUACGACAUAGCCAGGGGUUUAUAAUGAAACCGGCUAAUCGAGCUUCGCUGCAGUAGUGUUUACUGAAGCGCGUUUCGUACAACAUUUGAAAGUCAGACGUCGUACAGGUAGGAGCAUUUCCCAUUUCUGCUGAGGUAUCGUUUUGCUGUCACGAUGAAAAUCAAACGACGACUUUAUAAGACCAUGAUAAUGGCUAUCCCUCCUUGUAAAGUAUGUAAGCUAACGUUUACAUCAGAGGCACACGCCAGUCAACACUACAGAGGCCAGAAGCAUGAAAAGAAGGUAAAAAUGGCCGAAAACUUGCAUCGUGUGGACACUGCCAGCACAGAACAAGCAUCCGAUGUAGGCUGUAAAAUUUGCAAUGUUGUAUACAGUAGCGAAAUCCAGCGACAGGAUCACAUCAGUGGCAAACAGCACCAAAACGCCUGUCAAGUUUAUAGCGAUCUACAACAAGGCAACCAACUCUACUGUGAAUAUUGCAAUAAGCAUUUUACAAAAAUGGACAAUAAAGUUGAACAUGAGGCGACUCCAUUACACAAAAUAAAGAAAGAAUCUAAACUCCUUGAAUCCACCGUGCCUUGUGCAGACGAAACACUGCCAAAUUGUGCUAAACCCGAGUCCAGUAAAGAUUCGGAAGCUCGAGCGAACAUUGAUCCAAUCAGUAACGAGGAUUCAGUGAAAGUCGUACCUAUUGGGUCGAAGUUCACAAAGGAUAACAAUUAAGUACUACAACGUAGUAAUGCAAUCA